AUGUUCCCUGGAAAUUUUGCACAGCUACCACCUGUUGCAAAUAAGCCUGUUUAUGCUUUCCCAUCCCAGUUCAGUUCUUUACUCGCACAGCAUGGGCAUUCCAUUUAUAGUCUUUUUGAAACAAUUGUUAUGCUAUCGGAAAAUAUUCGUCAGGCUGGAAACAAUCCUGAGGCAGAACAAUUUCGAGCAGUUCUCCUUCGCUUACGAUAUGGUCAAACCAUUCACGAUGACUGGAUGACAGUCUGUCAGAGGACACCACAGUAUGUUAACAUGAGUAACGUCAUAGAUGCACCGCGAUUAUAUUUUGACAAGCUCAGUGUGGCAAAGUACGACUUUGAGAAACUCAAGAACCUUGGAUCACCAAUAACUCGUAUAUCUGCUCUUCAUUUAGGUAGAAAUGCAAAGAAUGCCACAUUGGAUGAUCCUGGUGGCCUGGAUGCUGUAAUGUUUCUUGCACGGGGUGCUGCGAUUAUGCUUACAGGCAACCCUUGGCAGGACGUCGGGCUGUGUAAUGGCAUCACUAGUGUGGUGGAAGAUUUACUCUCAUCCUGA